CCCCCAAACAGGCCCCGGUCCGGCCUCUCUCCCUGACGUCACUGCCGCGCCGCCGGCGCUCCCCCUGACGUCACCGCGGGGGCGGCUGAAGGUGACGGUGGUCGGUCCCGGUGCCGGUGCCCCCCGCCAUGGCCGGCAGGCAGCUGCUGGCGCUACGGCGCCUGUCCGCCGCCUCCUACUCGACGGCGCCCAAGAAGACGCAGUUCGGGUCGCUGCGGGAUGAGGACCGGAUCUUCACCAACCUCUACGGGCGGCACGACUGGCGGCUGCAGGGCGCGCUCCGCCGCGGGGAUUGGUACAAGACGAAGGAGAUCCUGCUCAAGGGGGUGGACUGGAUCCUCGGCGAGAUCAAGACCUCGGGGCUGCGGGGCCGCGGCGGCGCCGGGUUCCCCACCGGGCUCAAGUGGAGCUUCAUGAACAAACCCCCGGACGGGAGACCCAAGUACCUGGUGGUGAACGCGGACGAGGGCGAGCCGGGCACCUGCAAGGACCGGGAGAUCAUGCGGCACGACCCGCACAAGCUGCUGGAGGGCUGCCUGGUGGCGGGGCGGGCCAUGGGGGCCCGUGCCGCCUACAUCUACAUCCGCGGGGAGUUCUACAACGAGGCCUCCAACCUGCAGGUGGCCAUCCGUGAGGCGUACGAGGCCGGGCUGCUGGGCGGCGAUGCCUGCGGGUCGGGGUACGCCUUUGACGUGUUCGUGGUGCGCGGAGCCGGCGCCUACAUCUGCGGGGAGGAGACAGCACUCAUCGAGUCCAUCGAGGGCAAGCAGGGGAAGCCCCGCCUCAAGCCCCCCUUCCCCGCUGAUGUGGGUGUGUUUGGCUGCCCCACCACGGUGGCCAACGUGGAGACGGUGUCGGUGGCCCCCACGAUCUGCCGACGCGGCGGUGCCUGGUUCGCCAGCUUCGGCCGGGAGCGGAAUUCCGGCACCAAGCUCUUCAACAUCUCGGGGCACGUCAACACGCCCUGCACGGUGGAGGAGGAGAUGUCGGUGCCGCUGAAGGAGCUCAUCGAGAAACACGCCGGAGGUGUCCGUGGGGGCUGGGACAACCUGCUGGCCGUCAUCCCGGGCGGCUCCUCCACGCCGCUGCUGCCCAAAUCCGUGUGUGAGACGGUGCUGAUGGACUUCGAUUCCCUGGUGCAGGCACAGAGCGGGCUGGGCACGGCCGCCGUCAUCGUCAUGGAUAAAUCGACCGACGUCAUCAAAGCCAUCGCACGCCUGAUCGAGUUCUACAAGCAUGAGAGCUGUGGGCAGUGCACCCCGUGCCGGGAAGGCGUGGACUGGAUGAACAAGGUGAUGGCGCGGUUUGUGCGGGGCGACGCGCAGGCCGCCGAGAUCGACGCGCUCUGGGAGAUCAGCAAGCAGAUCGAGGGACACACUAUCUGUGCCCUGGGUGAUGGUGCAGCCUGGCCCGUGCAGGGCCUCAUCCGCCACUUCCGCCCCGAGCUGGAGGAGAGGAUGCGGCGCUACAACGAGGCCAAAGCCCGAGCGGCGUCGGCGUAAGGAUUCACCACCACACCUCCCUUCUCCUGCUUGGAAGGGGUUUCUGGGGUGUUGGCAGCACUCAGAGGGUUCUCCAGAGGGUCCUCAAUAAAUGGUGCUGUGCUCCCAGG